AUGCAUUGCUCCACAGCGCUCUUGAUAUCUUGCCUUUUUGUAUUUAUUGGCUUACCCGAAGUGAACUCCGGUGCGUCCAAUUCAUUGUCGGACUGUCAGGCGGUGGCCUCUAUGUUUUUAACGACGAUCAACUAUACUGCUGCCAAUAUUACAGCAACUACUGGAGUCAAUGUGACUUGUUCGGCCACCGGUGUCGUGUGCCCGGGAACGACAAUUAACGGCGUUUGUGUAUGGCAACGAAAACUAAGCGCUGUUUGUCGAAGUGUCAGCGGUGUCACUAAAAUUCGUAUUCAAACAAAUGGUCUACCUCCACGUUGCGCUAGCGUUCCGAUGGGUACUUUCAGUGAACUAAAUGUUGAUUUCGAAGUCAAUUUCAAUCCUGCGGUCAGCAUCAAUUCACUCAAUCAAAAUUUGACUACUCGAUCUGCUCUUUCAACACUUGUCUGCAACUUGAUUAAUCAAGCAACCCCGCCAUCAACCUCCGGAUAUGUCCAGUAUGGUAUGACAACCCUGACCACAGCGGCAGGAGUGGCACUUGAUGGUGUGAUGAUUUUCAAUGUCGAUUCCGCGGACGAUAUUGAUCCAUUUUACCCACCACCUGGCAGUAAUGCCGAGACCGUCGACGCCUGUCUUGCUCACUGUCAGACCGCCGGCAUAUACCAUUAUCAUAUAGCGUCCAGCUGUGUACUCAAUCCUCCGACUGGAAGUAUUUCAUCGUGUGCUGGUACUACUGCUUGUAAUGGGCUUAUAGCGAACUAUUCUAUAUCAGGGUUUGCUUCCUAUCAAACGAUGACAGUACUUGGUGUUGCCAGAGAUGGACAUGUGGUUUAUGGGCCUUAUCUGUCAGCAGGCACUCGUGUUACUUCAGGUUUCGAUGUUUGCAAUGGAAUGUUUUAUGACUCGAUCGGUAACUAUGCCUAUUUUGCCACGUCAACAUACCCUUACCUAACCGGUUGUUUCGGACCGGGCAACUAUCCGUCAUUUGGACCAAAUUGCAGUAGCAAUGCAGUAUCAUCCUAUACAAUGUCGACCUAUGCGACGUCAUUUCUUUCAAGUAAUUCGAGUAACUCAACCACUGUCUCAACAUCCUCGACAACGAUAGCUGUGAAUGCCUCGACGACGACGGCGCCAACAGCCUCGACAACGAUCGCUUCGAAUGCCUCGACGACGACGGCUCCAACAGCCUCCACAACGAUCGCUUCGAAUGUCUCGACAACGUCGGCUUCGAAUAACAUCAGAACCAGUAGUGCCGGACCGCAGGCUAUUCGAUCCAGCUUCGUCGGCGUCCUUCUUCUCUUCAGCAUUAUCGUCUGGAUAUUCUGA